AUGGAGAACAAGAGUGAUGCACACGAAGAGUUUUAUUUUGAUUAUAUUCGAUUACUUGUCGAAAAUCGAAUGCUUCAUCGAUCAGGUUAUUAUUUGGGUGCAUCGAAUUCAUUUGUUCGUUUAUUUACUAUUACUGCUCGUCGAUAUUGGCUUGCACAAGCUACAAGUGAACAUAUAACUGCUGAUUGGAAAGUUCAUUUUUCAAUUCGACCUCGCGAUAUUUCUUUAGCAUUUAAUCUUCUAUCUGAACUUUAUUAUCAGAUGAAAUUACCCAUUGGUCUUAAAGCUCGAUAUCCAGAUCAUUGGAAAGAUUAUGAAAAUGAAUGGCCAAAACAUAUGCGUGGACGAGAAAUAACUGUUUAUAUUUUUCUUUAUGAAAAUACAGUAAAAACUAAUCAAACAAUGGUUUAUUCAAGUAAGAAUUUAAAUCAAUCAAAAUAUAUGAUUGAUUGGAUAUUAUCAUCAACAAAAGAUAUAUAUGAAAAUCAUGAUUUAAAAAAAACGGAUGAAAUUCCACUUGAUCGAUAUCUUGAUUAUGUUGAUCAAGCAGAGAAAUUACUUGAACAAUAUCGAAUAGAAUCUAAUGGAUGUGCAGAUGGUGAUUAUCCAAUUGGUAAAUAUACUUCAUUACGUAAUGAAAAAUUUGUUGCUAUUGAAGAUUAUGAUGAUAAUACAAAAAUACGACUUAUCUAUCCACCGAAUGAAUGUGGUUAUAAUGGAUCAAAAGAUAAACGUGAUUUAACUAACGAAAUAGUUGAUUUAAAAACAUAUCGAAUAAAAAAGCGACAAAAUAAAAUAAUAAAAAUAAUAUUUUUCAUAACAAUUAUUUUUUUAUUAAUUGUUUUUUUAAUUAAUUUACUUUAA